AUGGUAGUGGCAGUGCCCCUUCUGAACGUUAGAGAAAGCCAUGGUCUGCAUCUGAGCUGGGACCUGUCAGAGAGCGCUGACUACAGGGAGGAAAGGGAGGAGGAGAGGGAGGAGGAGAGGGAGGAGGAGAGGGAGGAGGAGAGGGAGGAGGAGAGGGAGGAGGAGAGGGAGAAGGAGAGGGAGGAGGAGAGGGAGGAGGAGAGGGAGGAGGAGAGGGAGGAGGAGAGGGAGGAGGAGAGGGAGGAGGACAGAAGAGGGAGGAGAGAGGAGAGGGAGGAAGUGACGAAGACGAUUGAGGACGAAGAGAGGAGACACGUGACCUCAGGGAGAGCGAGGAAGGACCGCAACGAGACCUCAGCCAGAGAGAGGAAGGACCACAACGAGCCCAGCCCUUUUUCACGGCUCUCUCCACAGUUCUGGCUUCCGGACACCUUCGGUUACUCAGCGCAGCUUCCUCAGAUCAUGAAGGGCAGCGGCGUUUCCAACUUUCUGACGCAGAAGCUGAGUUGGAACUUGGUCAACACUUUCCCCCACAACACGUUUUUCUGGGAAGGACUCGACGGUUCUCAGGUCCUCACUCAUUUCCCUCCUGGAAAUUCCUACGAAAUGAAAGGGAAAGUGGAAGAUCUCGUGAAAACAGUGAGAAACAACAAAGACAAAGGACGAGCCAAUCACAGCGCAGCGUUGUUUGGCUUCGGCGAUGGAGGCGGCGGUCCCACUCAGCUCAUGUUGGACCGACUGCAGCGGGUCCAGGACACAGACGGACUUCCCAGGGUGAGGAUGUCGUCUCCUGACGCUCUCUUCUCUGCUCUGAGGUCAGACAGUGAUCUGCUCUGCACCUGGAGCGGGGAGCUGUUCCUGGAGCUGCACAACGGAACCUACACCACACAGGCACAGAUAAAACGUGGGAACCGAGAGUGUGAGACUCUGCUCCAUGACGUGGAGGUGUCCAGCUGCCUGUCCCUGUGCAGACACCGGAGCUUCACAUACCCCGCCGAGAGGCUGCAGCCGCUCUGGAGGCUUUUGCUUCUGAACCAGUUCCAUGACGUGAUCCCCGGGAGCUGCAUCGAGCUCGUGGUGGAGGACGCUCUCAGAUAUUAUCAAGAGAUCCGAGACUCUGGUUCUCAGCUGCUGGAGAAGGCCUUGUCGUCUCUGGACGGCGGCAGCUCUCCGGCCGUGUUCAACUCUCUGUCGUGGGGCCGCGAGGAAGUGGUCCACGUCCCCCACGAGACCGGAGCCUCGGAGUUAGCUCUGGUGCAGGUCCCCAGUGUCGGCUUCUCUCCGGUCAAACCAACAAAACCUCAGAAUCCAGUUUCCGCCACGGUCCAGGCCGACGGGACGAUCCUGAUGCAGAACGGCAUUUUGAGAUGUGUCGUAAACAAAGAUGGCACCUUGGCGUCGCUGCGUCUCGUGGCAUCAGGGAGAGAGUCUCUCCUGGACGGCUGUAAAGGAAACCAGUUUGUCCUGUUUGACGAUGUGCCUCUGUACUGGGACGCCUGGGACGUCAUGGACUACCACCUGCAGACCAGGAGGCCGGUGGUGGAGCUGCUGCAGGCGGCUCACGUCCUGAGCUCAGAUCCGCUGAGAGCCACUGUCCGGGUCACUCUGAGGAUCAGCGACCGCAGCAGCAUCACACAAGACCUGGUCCUGGACGCACACUGCCCCUACCUCAGGUUCAACACACAGGUGGUGUGGGAGGAGGCGCAUAAGUUCCUGAAGGUGGAGUUCCCGGUCCGUGUCCACAGUCCCAACGCCACCUACGAGAUCCAGUUUGGACACCUGCAGAGGCCCACGCACCGCAACACCUCCUGGGACUGGGCCCGGUUUGAGGUCUGGGGUCACAAAUGGGCCGAUCUGUCCGAGCACAACUUCGGAGUGGCUCUUCUGAACGACUGUAAAUACGGAUACUGUGUGAACAAAAACACCAUGACCCUGUCGCUACUGAGAGCUCCCAAGGCUCCGGACGCCAACGCAGACAUGGGCUCCCACCGGUUCAGCUACGCCGUCAUGCCACACGCAGGGAGUUUCCAGGAGGCGUCGGUGAUCCAGGCGGCCCACAACCUGAACCACCCCCUGAGGCUGAUGCGCUGUGUCCCUGAGGCCGGGCCCUGGAGCGCCUUCUCCCUCAGCAGUCCUGCCGUCAUCCUGCAGACGGUCAAACGGGCUGAGGAGCAGAGCCGGACCCUGGUGCUGCGUCUGUAUGAAUCCCAUGGGAGCUCAGUGACUGUGUCUUUAUCCACUCCUCUCCCCGUGAAAGAAUCCUGGCACUGUGACCUCCUGGAGCGGAAAGACCCCAGUCGCCCUGCGCAGCUCUCUCAUCUGGACUUCACACCCUUUCAAAUCGUUUCACUUCUUCUCCUGAUGUGA